AUGGUUGCCGAAAUCAUAGAUCUCACCUACUCAUCGAGCCCAUCCUCCGACCCUGCCACCUUGACUGCGGACACCACUUCUGCAGACGCUAAACGACCCGCACCCAAAACACCGAAACGGAGUGCUAAACAGCAGAACGGCGAGGCUCGCACUCACCCAACUCCCAAGGGACCGAAAGCUUUGCGACGCGAGAACGAGAGCUCCCAGCAGACUGAAUCGAAGACGGAAUCAGCCCCGUUGUUUUUCAUCGACGUUACACCUAUUGUCUUGCAGCCCGCUCUUAAGCCCACGGAAUCGAGUCAAUCGACUUCGGCGAAGAAAUCUGGUGAAGGGUCCCAGUCACAACUACUACUGCCCUCGCAUGUUGGAUUGGACGGCUCGCAAUUUGACCCCCCGAAUGCAGAGGGGGAAGAUGCUGAAGAAACAUUCAUCGAAUAUCUUGACUAUGAUGAUAAUCGCAAAGUAGGAUUGGUACGGUAUUUUGAAGAACCAGAGGAAGAAGACGCGCAGCCCGUGAAACCUGUGAAACGCGUGUGUAGGAAUUGCGGAGGGAACCAUAACGCCUCGGGGUGCAAAGUUAUCAUAGAUUGCCCGAAUCGUGGUGAUUACCAGAACUACUGUAACAGAUGUGGCCGGUCUAGCCACAAAUCAAAUGAUUGUCCAACGCUUUGGCGAAUGUAUGAUUAUGUAUCAGAAGGGACCCGUGAGCAGAUCAUGCAGUUCCGUGAAUCCUGCCGCGACCUCAACAUUGGUGAGGGCGGCGAAGGAUACAUUGUAAAUGACUUGUGGUGUUACAAUUGCGGGGAGACUGGGCAUUGGGGAGAUGAUUGUGAUCUACGAGGCCCAGAGCAAAACGAGGAACCGUCUGCCUUCAGCGAAUACAACACCUCGUCCGGGCCGUUCUUCGACGCUAACGCCGAACCAACGUCAGGUCCCUCCCGAUCGCGACCGCUCCGAGAUUGGGAGAGACCAGACUUCGUCGAUCCCAAACUACCUGGCAACGUGGGCAAAGAGGGGCGGAAGAAGGAUAGAGCCAAGCUGGAGAAACGGGCGAGAGAGAUCGACGACGAGGAUGAGGAGGAUGAUUGGUUCAACAAGGGUGCUAGGAAGCGAUCUAGUGGUUCGCGGUCGAAACCCAAGUCGGCUGACGGAGAGAACAGAGGAGCGAAUGGUAAUGGGAACGGGACCGCGCGGCCGAAAGGGAAGAUGCCUCAGAUCAGCUUCAAGAACGGCGCGAGGGAUUUGGAUAGCAAAGUGACUACUACCGCUUCGAUGAGUCUCUUGGAUCGCAUUCAGAUGGAUGACGAUGGUAAGGCCAAGGCUGCGUCCUCCUCUAGAUUCAACAACGACCGUGGACAGAGUUCGAGGAAUAGGGAUAGGGAUAGGGACAGAGACGACAGGGAGAGGGACGACAGAGGCCACCGUCAUCGGCGAGAAAGCGACUCGUACCGAGGAGGUAGCAAGGGUGGAGGACCACGAAGUCGGGAUAAGUCGCGGGACGACCGACAACCACCCACAGGACCUCGUCUGAACCUCUUCAAGAAAUCAGAGACAACAUGGAAUCGUUUCUUGGCCAUGCGCAUCGCAUAG